AUUUGAGUUUCUACAUCUAAAUGCAAGACUGUGACAACAUUUUAAUUGUUUUCAUUUAUUUUUUUAAAGGGUUUUGAGCAUAAACUACAUGUACCUGUGGAUUAAGAACAGAAAAAAUGAUAAGUAUGCUUGUCGUUUUCACCUUGUAUCUGAUUUCAGGUCAGAUAUUCUAUUGUUACUACAAAUCUGUAGUUUUGUUUUUGCAUUUUAAAAUUGUGUCUUUAUACUGUUUACAUUUUGUGAAUAAUAUACAGCAUAUGAUUUCUGCUAUGUCAGAUGAUUUGCUUUAUGCUUUACAUCAAAAGAGGCUAAACGAGGAACUUUAUUCAAUUUUGCAGCUCAAGGUCAAGAUGUUAAAGUGAAAGGAUAUGAAGGAGGAAGUGUCAUAAUAAGUUAUAACUAUGAUACUAAAAAAUACAAUAAUGACACACAAUACAUUUGUAAGGUCAAAGAUUUAAAUUGCAAAAACAUCCUUUCUCAGACAGAGAAAUCAUGGGAUGUUAAAGAAAAAUUCUUUGCCAUGGAUGUUGGUCUGGGUGCUUUUUAUAGCUUUCUAAUCAGAAAUCUGAGCCAGGAGGAUGCAGGAAAGUACAGGAUUGGAGUGGAAAACGGAUCACAGUUCAAUGUGGAGCUGGAUGUGGACUAUGGUCGGUAUUAUGGAAAGCCAUGUUUUUCACAGACGAUUGAUCCUGGAGAUGUUGUUACCUUCAGCUGUACAUAUCCACCCGGGCAUGAAAAUGACAUGAAAGUUGUGUACAAAGUCACCAGUCAGAGCAUCACUACCAUCAUGUUCACUUAUGCAGAUUUCGAAGAGAAAGACAGGUAUGUCCUUCAUGUCUCCUCGAGGGAUAGCAUCAUCAAUAUGAGCAUCAGCAAUGUGACCGUGGAUGAUGAAGGACUUUACCUGUGUGGCGUUUUAAAGAAAAAUCCUUUGUAUGCUUCUAUUUUUGGUGAAAUGCAGCUUCAAGUUACUGCAACUGGAAACGUUUCCUCUCCUGGCUCUUUGGGCAUCAUCACAAUGGUGUAUGUCGGUGUGGCUCUGAUAAUAAUUGCCGGAUUUGCACUGUUCCCAUAUAAACUGUGGUCCAAAAAGACACAAGGUGCUUUGCCGCCCGGUGACACAGGAAACCCAGUGAACAGUGAGGAAAUCCAUCCUGCCUAUUAUGGGAGGAUUCAAGACACACAGACUGUUGCAAUUUAUGCUGUUCCCCAGACACCCAAAACUUGUAGUAUCUCUUCAAAUGUUGUGGGUCAGGAUUUUUACUCCAUGGUCCAACUUCCUAAAUAAUAAUAAUAAUAAUAAUAAUAAUAAUAAUAAUAAUAAUGAUGAUGAUAAUGAUGAUGAUCAUGCUUAUUAUUAUUAUUAUUAUUAUUAUUAUUAUUAUUAUUAUUAUUAUUAAUAAUAAUAAAGGGCUAUAUAAAUUAAGUAGGUGGGAGUGGAAUUAAAAGUCAGUCCUGUGUGAUAUACACAAUAUACACUAAGUACUAUAAGUCAUUUGAUUAACCAUGUAUCUCCUCUGAUUUAUGAAAUAAUCACUUAGGUCUACUCAAUAAUUUCUCUCAUUCACCCACUAACCUAAGUGUUACCAGUUAUUUACCAUCAUCCUUUUAGUUCCUCCACAUGCACUGUAUUUCAUCUACAAACCCCAGUAAUUAUAAUAAUCACAUGGACUGUCAUACGAUCAGUUUGUGAAGUAAGAACACAGUGAAAUUAACUGUUUUAGAGUGUUUUAGGAAGUGGGUGAAGAGUCUGUUCUGCUUUCUGUAACCAUCACUGUUUUGACUGUACCAGCAUUGUCUGUUUUAGUCCGUUUCCUUACAGCCAGUCCAUCACAGGGCACACACUCACACAGUAUUGGCAAUUUGGAAAUGCUCAUGCCUAACCUUUAUUUUUACAUAAGUAUUAAAAAUAAUAUUACAUAAUUUUUCUUUCUUUAUUAUUUUAUAUUGUAAUUAACUGCAUGUUCUGUGAUU